UUUUGUAUUCGUCGUCGUCGUCGUUGUCGCGUUGCUCGCGGUGUGGACUGAUGAGGAGCUUCGAGCGUGCGCGGCGUGGAUUCCAAACCCACAAAACGGCCUUCCUCUGGGUAACGACCAGGGAGACGGAGAGCUCGUGGAAAAGGUCAACUGGUGAUGGUUUCGUGACAGAAGAAGCGUGCGGCUAGAGCCGGCGUUACGGGGAGGUGGAUGAGUGUCAUGAAUUUUUGAGUUAGUGGGUGUGAUGUAGAUUGUUGGAGAAGGAGUUGGGAUUGCUGAAGAGACGAGAAGAGUGGAGUGUGAUAGACGAUGGUGCAGACAACGGUUAGCUCGUCGCCCAGAGGAAGACAGCCCGUGCAGGGGCAGUUGUUGCAGGAUUUGGAGGCGCUGAAUCAGGCGUUGUAUUAUGCAGGACAGAGCAAAGGUGAUGGCAGAGCAGUGGUGAGGAGGGAGACGGUGGAGAGCGAUCGUAGCGAAGAGUUGAGGAGGUCGCCUCAGGCGUCAAUUAAAGGCGCCAGUGGUUACUUGCUGGAUAUGGGCCUGAUGGCAGAGGUUGCGAAGGAAAGGAAUGAAAGUCCGAGGGGGCGUAGUAAAAACUCCCCCGUGGCGAGCAACAUUCGUGGACUCAAGGAUAGUAAUGCGGAUGUCAGGAAGAAGGUGGAAGUUUCAGCCGAGAAGAAGAAGGGAAUGUGGGGAUGGAAGCCGUUCCAAUCCAUCGCACAUGUAGGACAGAAGAAAUACAAUUGUCUGUUCACGGUUUAUGUGCAUGGGAUUGAAGGCUUGCCUGCCUCCAUGAACGGUCUCCGGCUGGCAGUUUCUUUCUCAAAGAGAGAUGACGCUGGUAUCCAGACCACGCCCGUUAGGGUUUUCCGAGGGCACGCAGAAUUUCAAGAGACGCUUCGCAUAAGGAGCUCUAUACAUGGGGCCAAAAAUGGUUCAAAGGGGAUGAAGUGGGAGUCGAAGCUGUUUACACUCUCUGUAAUUGCACUCGAAGCUGAUGAGCUGAAUCUCGGGAAACAUAAAUUGGACCUCACUAGAUUGUUGCCAGAGACGAUGGAGGAUGAUGACGACGACAACAAGCGGGGAUCUUGGACGACAAGUUUCAAGCUCUCAGGGAAGGCCCAAGCUGCUACUCUAGUCGUCACUUUCGGAUGUGAGUUCCAGAGGGAAGAUUCACACAAUUCCUCCAGAACACCAAGCUCCAAAUUCGGAGAAUCGCCAGUCUUGCGAGCUUCGCGAUCUUUCAGUAGUUCUCCUACUUCUAGUCAUGCAUCGCCAUCUCGAUACACCUCCGAGGGCUAUCACUCUCCUUCAUCGUCAGAACAUCGAGCAGACCAUCAUGAAAUGGAGCGUUUGAAUCUAGAUGCGAAGGAAGUUUCACCUAGAGCUGCAAGAAAUGUUCCGACUCAGGCGAAGGUAGUCGAGAGACGGGCUACUUAUGACAAGGAUUCUCGCACUGCCAUGCAUACAUCAAGACCAAUUGACGACGAACAAGAAGUGGAAGAGCUUCUGGCCGCUCUGGGUGGAGUGGCGCAGGAGUCGGAUGAGAAAGAGGAUAUGACGGAGAAAGAACUUCUCUCUUUGCUCCCUGGUGGAGGUGAGUUGGAUUCGAGAGAACCACUCAACCAGGCUCCAGUAUCAGAUGAUGAAUUUGACCCUGUUGAGGGUGAAUUUCUCAGCCUUCUGGCAAGUGAAACACGACCAUCACCUGCCAGUGAACAGGCAUCUUCUCGCACUUUGUUGUCGAAGCAGUCUGAAAGGCAGGCCUCUACUGAUGGCGGUUUGGGGAUAAAUAUGAAAAUGCCAGUGUUACCAUCUUCUAUUGAUAGGUCUGAGGUUCCAGACUUCUCUCUAGAUGGUGUAUCCACUCGCCGUAGUCCCGGUCCUAAACCUACCAAAAUAUCUCUCAAUAUACGCAUGCAACCAAAGAAGGAAAACAACUCAGAUUGGGGUGGUGGGGAAGAUGUUGAAUUAGCCUCUAUCGUUGAAGCUGCCGAAUCAGAACUUGAAAAGGCAACUCAAACAAUGCGCAGUAAGAACAAAGUCAAAAUGCUCGAAGAUGCAGAGACCGAGGCUCUCAUGCAAGAGUGGGGUUUAAACAAGAAAUCGUUUGAGGGGUCUCGUCGGACCUCGCUUACGAAUGAAACUGGCAACCCCUACGCCAUGGUGUCGUAUGACCCUCCUCCUUUGGGCUAUGGUCUUGGUUCCGAGGUUCCCACCCGAGGCGGGGGUUCUUUGAGGUCGAUGAGCCCCCUGAAUUUUCAGGAAGCCAGCGGCAGCAACCUCGUCAUGCAGGUGUCCAAACCUGUUGUAGUACCUAUGGAUAGCGGAGCCAACUCCUUGGCUGUUUUACAACGGAUGGCAGCAGUGGGCAUGGAUGGAAUGACGAAUCAGGCCAUGUUGACAAUGCCCUUGGAUGAUAUCACAGGAAAGAGUGUGGAGCAAAUCGCAAGUGAAGGGCUUGUUUCCUUUCAAGGAACUCGACAGGGCCAAGAACAACUUGGGUAUGCAUCUUCAGAGGGCGUGCAUGCCCGACUUAAUUUGGAGUAUACUUCAGAUACUCACCGCAACUAUGGCGGAUCAUCUGCCUACUCACUGUCGAGGACACCCGGUCGUCGCGCCAGUCUUGGAGGGCCGCCUCCCUCAGCAAGGCGAAGAAGCAGUUCCGUUCAGAGUGAGGACGCGUACAUGUCUUUGGAGGACCUGGCACCCAUGGCGAUGCAAAAGCUGGAACCGUUAACUCUAGACGGCCUGAAGAUUCAAUUAGACAUGGCUGAAGAGGAAGCACCGUAUGUGGUGCAACCCCGUCCUUGGGAAAGGUCUUCCAUAGACAGCUAUAGCAGGACACAGAGAAGCAGAAAGUCUCUCGACGAUGCAGCAGCGAACAAGAGGAUCUUAGAAGGAGGGCGUGCAGAUAAUUCCGGAGCGUUGGACGAUGAUGACUUCUCGAUGGCCAUUUCCUUGGACGAAUGGAUGAGACUGGAUGCCGGUGUGGUUGACGAGGACGACGGCAACGCGAUGGCAUUAGUUGCCGCUCAUCAUGCUGCUCACGGGGACAUUGUGCCCAGCCAACAGAAGAACCGUAACCAAGGAGGGAGGCAGAAUGAACACGGGUCAGACGAUACCCAAGGGUUCAUGGGUAAUACCAUCACGCUAGCUAUGCUAGUGCAGCUGCGGGACCCUCUCCGGAAUUUCGAGCCUGUCGGAGCACCUAUGAUGGCUCUUGUACAAGCGGAGAGAGUCGUAGUUCCCCCCAUGCCCAAAUUGAAGUUCGGCAGACGGGUUUCCCUCACCGGCAACCACGAAGGUUUCGACGAUGAGGAGACCCGUCCUAAGAAACCCAGUUUCAAAAUCAAAGAAAUAACUGUAGCAGGACUGAAAGUUAGUGAUGAACCAUCCAGUGACAACAAGAACCCAGUGGAGUGGGGCACGCCGAAACAGUUGCAAUCAGGCUCUCGUUGGCUUCUUGCCAGCGGGAUAGCGAAGGGUUCCAAGAUCUCAUUCCUGAAGUCGAAGACCAUAAUGUCGAGCGGCGACGCAAGUAUCACCACCAGUGGCACCAGCAAUGCCUUGUCUGUUCCAGCUCCCACCAAAACUUCCAGCAGCUCCUCCUUGCGAGACUCAUUGUGGAGUAUUUCUGCCAAACUUGGUAACAGGUGGGGCGCACCGUCUGCUUCCAAAGUCCGAAACCCAGACGUCGCCAUGACCAAGAGUCGUUGGUUCAGUAAGAAGAAGUAGCAGCGUGUGCUUACUGUCAGUUCUUCUCCCAAGUUUUUUACGCAACUCACGUUCUGUCUUAGGAGAUUCUGUGUGCAUACAGUGCUAUACUAAUCCCGAUCCCAUAGCAUGUUAGCAACGAAGCCCACCGCAUGCUUCACACCCAGGUGCCAUUACAGUGAACGCCGUGGUCGCCCUAUGCAGUGUACACCAUCUUUUGUAUGCUAUUUCUCGAGAGCAGCAAAUGCUAAACGUAUUGACGUUUUUCUCUCUGAAGAAAUGAGCUCUCAUGACUUGAAUAACUGAUGACCUGAAUCCCUGAAGACUUGUAUCUCUUCACUGGCAUCGCUCGGCAACGAUCUGGAAUCGUUCAGCUUUCUACAGAGAUCUGCUGCGCGACCACAAGUUUCUGAUUCAAAACUAGAUGAGAGGGACCAACGACCCUGUUCGAUCGCAUUUAGAGUGUGAGUGGUCACAAUGGGUGGUUGUAGAUCCGAGCUUAUCUCGCCGGCGGGGAUACGUGACGCAGAUACAUGACGUACCGACAAGUUAUCUUUGUCGUUCGUUCGUUCGUUCAUUCAUCCGUCGUCUGUUCGUUUCAUUCUAUCUUACUCUUUUUUCUUUUGGUUAAUACUGUUUUAAUUCUAAACAACAAUGACAUUGUUGUUGUAUGGACCAUGAAAAUAUCUUUCAGAAUUUGCUCAA